AAGUAGAGCAGAAAAAGAGUGAGAGAGAGAGGCACUGCGAUGUUACCUAAUCGUAAAUUAGCCACGCAAACUACGGCAAGGACUGCCCACCGUCCCCUUGUGCUUUAAUCAAAUCAAAAGGAUGGAAAGCAUGCAUAUGUCAGGCGCUGAUGGUGGAGACUGUGUCUAAACAUAAUCCAAUAAUCUAUUAUUUAUUGUGAGACGUUAUCAUCUUUAUUUUAGAGACCACCUUUAACUGAAAAGAUACUCAUGUUUUUAUAGGAUGUCUACUAAAUCGAGAAAGAGUUUGUCGUCAUCGUCACCCUCGUGGCAGCAAUGUGACAAGUGUCAAUGUGCUCUAACGCAGAAAGAUAUUUUAUUGCACGAAGCAAACUGUCCACCUUCCACAGAAAGUUGGAAUCAUUCUUUCAUCUCUGAUGGAGUUUUAUACAGCACGAUAGAAGUUUUCCAAUCACAAGAAUUACCCAAACAUAUCUCUGAGAGGGAUGCUAAUGAUAUGGUGUUUAUAUCACAGUCUGCUUUCCAAUUAUGCGAUAUUGCUAUUGGAUCAUCAACUGUUAUUGCGACCAAAGAUGAGGUACUUGUUAAAACAGCUUGGCCAACUAAUGAAAAAAGUUUGACAAGUGUCUCUUUAACAAAACAUGCCAUUGAAUUAAAUAAUCUUGCAGGAUUAGUAAAAGUAUAUGUGUUGAAAUCUGAUGUCUAUAUUGCUAAGGAGAUAGUAAUAAAUCAAUUGGGAAAACAUUUAAUAUCUAAUGUAACCACAGAACUUGAUAAUAUUCUGAAAUAUUUUAACGAGCAGAAGAUAUUUGCUAUUGGUAAUAGAUUAAGCGUGCCAUACUAUGGAAAAAAGAUAGCAUACAGAAUUGUUCAAAUUAAGAUGGGUGAAACUAGGAAGGAACAAAUCAAAACACUAGAUGAAAAUCUAUCAGAAGCUUUUAAAAACAUAAAUCUGACAAGUAAUCAAACAAAAAUAACUUUUUAUAAAGCAUUGUACACAACAAAAUGGACAGUUUUGAAUGUUGCAGAAGAUGGAAAUAGUACCUUGAAAAAAAAAUUUAGAAUUGAAGAUAUAGGAGGAUACAGUGAUCUCAUAUCUGAUAUAAGAGAUGUAGUUACAAUAGGUAUUGGCAAAUACAGAAGCAUAGAGCACUUUGGUGUCAGUAAAGGAAUAUUAUUAUAUGGUCCCAUUGGUGUUGGUAAAUCCAUGAUAGCCAAUGCUAUAAUUUCAGAAUGUAAUGUUAAUGCAUUUACUGUGUAUAGUUCAGAUAUCUAUAGCAAGUCUAUUGGUGAAACAGAAAAUAAACUCAAAGAGAUAUUCAACAAAGCAAUGUCAAAUAUUCCUAGUAUAAUCUUAUUGGAAGAUAUAGAUAAUUUGUGUCCCAAAAGAAGUAAUUCCAGCACGGAUCACGAAAGGAGAGUUCUUGCUCAACUAAUAACGCUUUUCGAUGAUCUACAAAGUACCAAUAGUGAUAUUGUAAUAAUGGCUACAACUUCAAAAUUAGAUUUUAUAGAUAGUUCUCUGAGGAGACCUGGCAGAUUAGAUAUGGAAUUUGAGAUUUAUGUACCAACUCCAAACAUGCGUACAGAAAUACUAAUAAAAUUACUUUCAAAGAUCCCCAAUACACUUUCACAUGAGGAUAUACAGAAUAUCUCGUUUGUCACUCAUGGUUUUGUUGGUGCAGAUUUAUAUGGUUUGUGCUCAAAAGCAAUAAUUAAUGCAGUGAAAUAUCAGAAAGACAAGAUUAUGUUAGACGAUGAACCAAAGGUAACCAUGAUUGAUUUUCAUCAUGCUUUGAUUACAACAAAACCUUCAGCUAUGAAGGAAGUUUUAGUGGAAGUAUCAAAUGUAAGGUGGUCAGAUAUCGGUGGACUGGAGGACUUGAAGUUAAAAUUAAAACAAGCUGUCGAAUGGCCGCUGAGACAUCCUGAAGCGUUUGCAAGAAUGGGUAUUACACCUCCUAGAGGUGUUUUAAUGUUUGGACCGCCAGGAUGUUCAAAAACUAUGAUUGCGAAAGCUCUCGCUACUGAGAGUAAAGUAAAUUUCCUCAAUAUUAAGGGUCCAGAGUUAUUUUCGAAAUGGGUCGGCGAGUCCGAGAAAGCUGUAAGAGAAAUAUUCCGAAAGGCAAGACAAGUAGCACCGUCCAUCAUAUUCAUCGAUGAGAUAGAUGCAUUAGGUGGUGAGAGAGGUUUCUCCAAUGGUAACGGCAGCAACGUGCAGGAACGAGUACUGGCUCAAUUAUUGAUUGAACUCGAUGGUGUUACGACUCUGGGAAGCGUCACAUUAGUAGCGGCUACUAAUCGACCGGAUAAAAUUGACAAAGCACUUCUUCGACCUGGACGAUUAGAUCGUAUAAUAUACGUUGGAUUACCGGACGAAGAAACCAGACGAGAAAUAUUCAACAUAAAAUUGCAAAAUAUGCCGAUCGCGAAGGAAGAAAAUAUCGAAGACAAAGUAAAUAUCGACGACCUGGUUUCUUUAACGGAAGGCUACACCGGUGCAGAAAUCCAAGCGAUAUGUCACGAAGCCGCUAUGAAAGCGUUAGAAGAGAAUCUUAACGCCACUGUUAUUGUUAAGAAGCAUUUCAAAGCUGCAUUCAAAAUCGUCACUCCUAGAACAUCCAAUUCCCUUCUCCAGAUUUACGAGGAUUAUAAUAAAAAUAAUAAUAAAUGAAUAAAUUAUGAAGAUUCUAA